AUCGCAGGAACCUUGUUCUUGAACAAAGCUGUCUGCUUGGGCUUGGUUUCGAGAAUCUUUUGUUGUCUCAAGCGAGGUUUGCCCCAAAGACUGACACAAACCAUCCGACCAUCUCAAAGAUCUCCAGGCGGACUUAAAAAGCCAUUCAGUCGGACAGGCAACCAGGCAAAAAGGUUGUGGAACAAGAAAGUGGAAAUUUGCAGAAGACGGAGUCCAAGUGAAGAAAAGGAAGAGUUUGUCGUUGGAAAAACACAAUCGCCAACUUUCGACGGCCACCUUACACACACAAACCGCCAAGAUGCUCUUCUCAACACUAUCAGCACUUGUCCUCGCGGCGACAGCUUCAGCCCACAUCGUCAUCUCCUACCCGGGCUGGCGCGGUAAUAACCUUAUUACCAAUGACACAUUCCCCUACGGCAUGCAAUGGAACUACCCAUGCGGCGGCAUGCACGUCACCCAAAACCGCACCUACUGGCCCACGACAGGUGGUGCCCUUGCCUUCCAACCAGGCUGGUUCCAGGGCCACGCCCAGGCAAUGAUGUAUGCCAACAUGGGCUUCGGCAGCGACGGGCCCGACGGUGGUCCCCUCAAUAUGUCCUUCCCCAUGGUCCCCGUCUUCCAAAUCCUCGGCCCAAGCAAGAACCCUUAUCCGGGCACCGUCUGCCUCCCGCAAGUGCCUCUCCCGGCAAACACCACCGUCAAGGCCGGCGAUCACGCCACGAUCCAGAUUGUUGAGCUUGCUGUGCACGGCGCCGCUCUAUUCUCAUGCGUCGAUAUUGAAUUCGCCGAGCCAGGCGACCCGAAAAUCGGAAAGGUCAACGAGACAAACUGCUUCAACUCCACCGACAUUGGCUUCGGUGACGUCUACACCAUCACGACGAAAGAGUCUGGCGCGGAGUAUGUGCAAGGAACAUCCGCUGGCGCAAGAACAACAACAAGCUUCUCCGUCGCUGGUGGGCUCCCGCUUCUGCUCGGUGCGCUUUGGAUCUUGAUGUGAGUCGACGGCAUGGCCCAAAUUCACGGAUGAGUUGUUUUGAGGGUCGAAUGGACGCAAUGGACGGAUUAUACCAUGGGAAAUAUUGUACAUUCUUGGGAGGCAUUAAAGACGGCGUUUUUUUUUUGGGGGG